GGCUGCCCUCGGAGGGGCCGGGGCGGGGCGAGUUGGCGAAAACGAAAGCGAAAGGCGAGAGCGAGUCGCCGGUAGCACGGAGGGAGUAGGGAGAGCGGUCCCGGUGGGCAGGGCAGGGCUCCCCGCGGGACCGGGGAUGGAUUCGGAGGAGGAAUCCUUCGUCCGGCUGCAGGACGAGAGCCUGCAGAGCCCCGAGCAGCUCCGGCAGGAGAUCGAGCGCUGCAAGGAGCUUCACACUGCUCUGGAGAAAGAAUGUGCAAAGCUACAAUCGGCCAAGGAAGCUGCAGAGCAAAGGACGCAGGAGCUGAAGAAAGAAGAACUUCAUAAAGUUUUAGAGCAACAGCUGCCUUUAAAUGGAGAUGAAGAAAGAGCACGCCAGAUUUUUACAAUAAGGGAGGAGAACAAGAGACUGAGGCUGGAGAAGCAGGUUCUAUACAAUAAACUGGAAGAAUUGAAGAAGAGGGUCUUCUGGAAUGAUCCUGUGCAGAUACUGUCUGCCCUGCCAGAAAAGAAAAUGAUCUUUAAGGGACUCCCAGCAAACAAGGAGGACAUGAACAAGCUGAUGCUCAUCCCACUGAUCCGCUGCCCUCUGCCAGGGGGCUCAGCUCUCAUCACCUUUGAGGAGGCAGAGGUGGCCCAGAGGAUCAUAGAGAUGAAGGAGCACACGGUGGAGCUGAGCUGUGGGCAGCUGGAGGAGCUCGACCAGUGCAGAGUGAAAGUGCAGGCAGUGCCCAUGGACAUCCUGCUGCCAUCUGCCCUGGAGAUCAGGCUGACUCAGAGUAGCAGGAGCAUCCUUGUGUCUGACCUGCCCAGCCUGAGCAUCUCCAAGGAGGCACUGCUGGACAAGCUGGAGCUCUUCUUCAGCAAGACAAAGAAUGGGGGCAGCGAGGUGGAGAGCAGAAGUUUCCUGGAGGACUCCCAGCAGGUGGUGCUGACCUUCACACGGGAUGGAGUGGCAGAGCCGCUAAUUGAAAGAGGACAUAUCCAGGUGCCCAUUGGGAAAGGGAAAUACAAAAUCAAAAUAUCACCAUACAUGAGUGGAGACAUCUCUAACCUGCAGCUCCAGCCCUCCCGCUGCCCCAGGACCGUCCUGCUGCUGGGCAUCCCCGAUGUGAUGAGCGUGGAGUCCAUGAGAGACGCCCUGGAGAUCCACUUCCAGAAGGCCAGCCGCGGCGGCGGCGAGGUGGAUGCGCUCGCCUACGUCCCAGCGGGGCGGACAGGGGUGGCCGUGUUCGUGGAGGACACUGCGGGCUAGUCCUGGCCAGACACGGGCUGGUCCUGUCUCAGCCCGAGGCUGAGGAGCUCCGUGCGUCCGUUGACCCGCGGGCACGGGAGAAAUUAAAAGUGUCUGUUGGAAGCA